UCAUUUUCAGGUAUUUCCUACCAAGUUGAAAAACUAAACGCAUCAGAGACACGUCAAGGAUGGAAUUGCAACAGCGGAUGUGAGGCGCCACAACAUUGUACACUACCACGCUGCACCAAUGUGGUAUUUCCGCAAACGUUUAGUGGAUCUGGAACCGUAAGUAAACCCUAAGCAAUUACAACUUAUAGUCUAAUCUUCAGGGUUCAGGGUAACUUUCUUUUGUAAGUGAACCACAUUAAGCUUCUUUAAAAAUCUAAUGUUGUUCACAAAUUUUGAUUUGCCAAAGUACUUGUGGUUUUAUGAUACCUUGACGUCAGCGAAUUUGGUGCGCAUAGGUAUACUUAAGUGCUUCUAAUCUCUGGGAUGUGUUUUUGAACAAAACAAAACAGAACAAAACAAAUACAAAAAGCCGGAGGAUUCUGACGAUGAAUAUAGAAGGUCUCAAUUCCAUGAAAUGGGAAUGUGGGGGGGGCUAAGGUGUUAAAGUGUGUGGGGAGGGAAGGGGGCGAUUGGGGUGGAUUAGCUAGACUCUCUUUUUCUUCAGAUUAAUUUUAGUGAGUGGAGUAAACGCGCGCGGAAGCGUCGAGCAGACGCGAGAAACAAGGGAGGCAUUCUCGCGCCUUCAGUCACGCGCAAGGUCACGCGUGUCUCGCGCGUUUCGCUCGACGGAUUGGGAAAAAAGAGAGACUGCUCAUAGUCUAGGGUGGAGUUGUCGCCUGUUAAAUUUUCACGGAUGCUUGUCUUUACCUAACGUGUUUCAGGUUCGAGUUUUUGUGUCAUUUAGCCAUGAAGAUCAGUCUUCAGUUCUUCAUUCGCCUUCCGCUGUGUGGGCAGAGUCUGUUAGUACAGCUGGAUUUCAGUUAUGCUCGCGUUCAACAGGUUCUACAAAUGACACUGGAAUUAUCAACUGGGUAGCGUUUCAGGACAAACCCAUGUUAACGCAUGGAAGCGUUACUUUUAGCGGAAUAUGGACAACAGAAACAAAGUGUGAGAAGGUGGCCUUUUCUCAGGUUAGAUAACAAUAAUUGGUAACGAGUAUGCAAUUUUGUUAUAAAGGUGUAAAACGUAAUUAAAUAGUAGAAACAAAUGAAAUAAUGUCAGAAAGUAGUUCUAAAACAAAUGAUCACUAAUUAAUAUCCGGAAUUUGCUCUUCAUAGCAGAGUCCACUGCUAAAAGUCUUUUUAAGCUUUCUCUCGGGCUUAGUUUCAAACUUUUCCUUCCCUCGCCUCAAGAUAAGCCAUUUUCACGUUUUACUUUGGAGGUAGUGAUUGAAUAAUGCGUGACCGUUUUGAAUGUAUUGAUGUGUUAAAGGGAAUUUGGAAAAUAGAAGUCUAUUUAUUCAAUGAUAUUAAAUUUUUAGCAUUAAACUUAACAAAGUUGGCCGAAAAGAAGUAUUGUUGUUUGUAACUUUAUUUAAGUAAUGGGCCAAAUAAGAUGCAUUCACCAACAUUUUCAACACUUCGUAGAAAGAGGUGAAAGAGGGGUAGAAAGUUGAGUUAAUGUGAAUAGACAAGUAGAUUUGAUUAAUCUGCUCCCGUUAGCCUUUGAUAAAUCCUUAAUUUCAUUUAAGUGCCGCUAAGUACUUCAUGGAUACGUUCCUGCUGAUUUAUCUUUCGAGAAGCUUGUUUAUUUUCAGUCAAUAGUUUUUGAUAUAUCUAACAUCUUUUUGCAGAGCUUUGCUUCCAAGCCUCGUGUAUUUGUCUCUGUUAAGUACACUCGCAGCACAAAGCCAAAUGAUGCUAUGUACUUAUGGUUAGAGAACGUCAAUUCUGGAGGAUUUGAAGUGUGCUUAAGGGAAUUCUUGCCCUUUGAUGGAAAACACCAAGAUGCAGUUGUGGUAAGUGAAGAAAAACGCUCGAGUAAACUAUAGUAUUGAUAAAAAAAACUUGACUUUGCCACACUUCGGCAGCCCGGACAACCAAUUGCCCAGAACGUUUUUGACGCAGUUAAGGUCAGUGUCUUGUCUCACGUGUUUCAUGCAGUCAUUUCUUGUUAAAGAAAAUGUCGUUCGAAGCCUAACGCAACUCGUCUUGUAAAGAAAAGAGUAGCAAAUUAAACAUCAUUUUCUUGUUCGCAGGACUGGUUUGCAUUCACUGGAAAUGGGAGUCAACUUAAUUUCACAAUAACUGGAGAAGAAAUCUUUCCAAACGGUGGAAAUCCAUCGGCCAAAAACAACUACGGCUUCUGUCAGGUGAAAACUUUAGUUCUAACAAGAACAUUAAUAUAUUUAACAAGCCAAAGAACAUUUUCAGUGGACACUAAAGAAAACUUAAUAACGUAAACCCGAGCUUACCAGGCCAUGGUAAUCCACAUUGUAUCCAAAAUGGCAAUUCCCAGAUGAGCGCUACAUGUUUAUCUCGCGAUUUUGAUGUGCGCAUAUUUUAUAUUUCGAAUCACUUCAAUUUUGCGUUGUUGACAGUGGGCGAAUAUUAGAAGUUGGGACUUUACAGAAGAUGGGCAAAAUAGAGGGAGACGUGAGCACGUUCAGAUCCAUUUACUAACUUACAUGACUUUUUUUACCUAUUUACAGGAAGUGCCUUUCAAUACGACCUUUUACAAAUCGCCAAUUGUGAUUCUUUCCGUAAAUCAUGAGUAUAGCCUUAAGGUCAAGGGAAGUCGUCCUCCAGAAAAUAAUAUAAUAUCAGCCUGGCUAGAGGUAGGUUUGCUUUUUUAUUCUAACCUGAGAAAACAGCCCGCCCGACAUUUCGCGCGACGCCACCACUAGUUUUCCAACAAAAUGAGGAAAACCCCGAAAACCCCGUUUCACGACGCAAUUACUGGCUUUCCCGAGAAAAGACGCCUGUGGAAGAGUGCAGAAAUUCCAUAUUGAUGACGUGUACUUCCCAGAUCAAGAUAGUGUUUCUGAUUGGUCAUGCUGCAAAAUAAAUUUUCUUUAACCAAUCAAAAGCACUGCAUCCCAGUGACACAUCAUCAGUACGCAAUUUCUGCGCUCGUUACUCAGACGUCUUUUUCCGGGGUUAUAUUCUUAAUGGUCACUUGAGGUUAAUGAUAUGAGCAGGGAUUUUUUCAGUGCUUUACUAAUUAUUCUAUUCAAUUGUUUGCUUGAACUCUCACGACACCUUUGAGAUCCAAAAGCCCAUAUCCCUUGUUCAAUCAUGGGGAGAGAAGAAAUCUGUUUAUUCUAGUAAAUUUGUAAAAGGACUGUGAAAACUGUGAAAAAGCAAUAAGAAAACAAUGAUUUGGAUCUGAUCCAUGAAUUUCAUGACUUAAAGGUAUCGUCGUAGAAAUCAAGAAGAAAUUAUGGAUUUUCUAGUAACUGAUGAGUGCUAUCACAUUUUGCUGUAGGAAGUUGGAUUAGAAUCUAUGAAGGUCUGCGUUAAAGACCUCAGUGGAUUAGGAUCGAGUCAUGAUCCCUUGAUUGUCAGCUACGCUGUUACUGGAGGUUGUUUAUAAUUUUCCUAUUGUAAUGAUCACUAUUUCUAGCAAGAACUAUUGUUAUUUUUAUUAUCACUAUUACUAUUAUUUUUAUUGAUAUCUUUUAGAAGUUCUUAUAUGUAGGAAUAAAUUUCAUGAUAUAAUUAAAGGAACACUGGAGUACAAACACUGAUAUACCUUAUUCAUGUUACACUCUAUCUUUGCGCGAACUUUAAGAUUGAUCAUUGAUGGGAUAAGAGCAAUUAGAGGGCACACAAGUAAUAAAAUUGCCAGUACUAGUAAUCGAGUAAUCGCGGUCGGGUUUGUUUAUUCCCUCAAAAGUAAGACGACGAUUUUAGUCAUGCAAAAUGCAAAAUGUAAACUUUGACAAGUUUUACAUCACAAUUCCUUGCUGUGAAGAUUUCUACUGUCGCGUACUGUAUUCAAAAUCACUUCCACCCGUAUUUUGCGAUUUUCGUUUUUAAGGUCAAAACGUCUUAAUUUUCUAUUGUGUAGAUAAAACAAACUCGACUGCAUUCUUGUAUUUACUGAUUUUAUCUCUUGCUUGCCCCCUGAGACACAACGUAAUAUUGCUUUAAUUUAUUCCAUCAGUCCUUAAGCGCGUGCAGAGAUGGCGGGUAUCGUUAAUAAGGUCUACUAAGGAUAAAAGGUUGAGGUACCUACAAGCAAACAUGUUACUACUACUAAACAGUAACUUAGUUUUAAUUGAAAUAUGAAAAAUAUAUUAGACAUUUAUGUUUUUUUCCAAAUGAACAACUACUCAAUAUUAUGUUUCUUUUUUCUUGGUACAGACCUUAAUCCUUGCCUUAAUGUGCAUUGCCCACGGUUUGGAGUCUGCAGGACCUACAGUGCGCAUGAUGCUCGGUGUGAGUGCGAUGACCAAUGCCCUUCAUAUAAAGACCCAGUGUGCACUGCAAACGGAACAACUUACGACAACCGAUGCUGGCAUAAGUUAAGCUAUUGCAGAAGACUUGAAAAUAAUCAGGUUUAUCACCCUGGAAGCUGUGAAGGUAUAACGAAAAAUAAUUUCAACGAUUUUUUUGGCUGUAUAUGCCACAUAAAAUAGUCUGGCAGUUAAGCUCUCGAUCGCUUAGAAUUAUAGGUGUUGGCUCAAAAUUGUAUUGGCUUCUGGCUACGAUGUUUAUAACUUUUCGUUACUUUGAAGCUCGCUUUUAGCUCCUCACGCAGGCUAAACAACAAUAGACAGCUGUAACAAGCUACUUCGUCUCUCUACUUUGGCAAACAAACAUAUAACAUCCCAGACUAUAGCCGAUGUUUGAUCUGUGUAAGAUCUUUUAUUCUCUUUUGUCUUGCAAUUUAGUUUUUAUCGCGUAAAAUUAGAUUACACAAAUUUGCUCGGGGCAAAUACCGUAAAAUUCCGAAAAUAAGCCCCGGGGCUUAUAUUUUUCAAAGGCCCUUUUUGAGGGGCUUAAUUUUCUACGAAGGGAAUUUUGAGUUUCAAAAUCGAUUGGGCUAGCCUUAUAGUUGGAAGUAAAUUUACCGUUUUUUCUUUGUUUUACUUUGCAUUUGAGGGCAAUUUUAAAAGUACAAGUCCCCGGGGGGCUUAUAUUUGGAGGGGCGAUUUAACGGAAGGUAUUUUUCGUUACCGGUUUGGGGGGCUUGUAUUUGGAGGGGCUUAUACAUGGAGGGGCUUAUUUUCGGAAUUUUACGGUAUGUAGCAAAAAAGUGCAAAAGAGUAGGAAAUCAAAGACAAUAGUAAAUAUUACAUUUAUAUACCAGUUUACAUGGAGUUGCAUAAUUGAAGCGCAAUGCAGUAUUUACUAUCUUUGCCCUUGAUUUCAUCCUUUUGCUCUUUUUUUGCACCUUAUUAGCACUGAGUGAAUUUGCCGAAAAUCAAAUAUUUCCCGCAGUGGUGCGCGCUCUCAGUAUACUGGCAUAUGUUUAUCUUGGGCACUGAAACCAGCAUGCAAUAACAAGCAGCCACUAUACAUUUCGUUGUUGAAAGGUAGCCGACAUUAGAAGUUAUAGCCUAGUUUUAGUUCCAUUUCCACGCUUUUGUUAUCACCACCCUUCACCACUUAGAGUUGCACUACAACGCAAGCUAGGGAAGCUACCUAAGCGAUAAUGCUUAAAGAGAACCGUGAUGCUUCCUUUUAAAGUACUUAAUUUAUUACAAAACAGGUUUUCCAAUUGUACGGGGCCGUGUAGAUCUGCUACAGGUUCCAAAAUGGUCAGAUUCAAACUGUCAGACAGUCACAUUUCCUCCAUACCGGUUUUAUCCGGAUAAACAAGUUCAUGUUCAAAUAACGGUCAAUCACAUGAAGUUGAAUGACUCUGUGACAGUCCACGACGCUGUUACUUCAUGGACAGAAAGUAUCAACACAAAAAACUUCACCGUCUGCGUCAUGCAAACCGGAAGGAAAGAAGAAGGUGCAAAUCCAUUUGCCACCAUUGAUUGGGUGGCUUAUCAAGGAGCACCACCCGAAGGAUUGACGGGAACGGUUGAGUUGCAGAAAUGGUGGUCUGGUACCAACUGUGCAGAUGUAACCUUUCCUACGGUGAGAUGGGAAUGUACAUAUUAAAUUAAAUAAUUGCUGCAAAUUCAAUUGAGGUCUCCAUGACGAAUGUUAGACUUUCAUUCAUGUGACAUCUUUAAUCCAUGUCUUGAAAAAACAAAAAAAAAAAAAAAACAACAACAACACCAAAAACAGCAAAAAAAAAAAAAAAAACAAAACAAAUAAAUACUAAAUAAUUGGAAAAUUGAGUCUUGUAACCCUUAGCCAAAACAUGACAGAUUUAAUCACGACUUGUCUGCGUAACAAAAGAAGAAAAACAUCAAGAGCGAAACUGUGAAGGAGAGACCUCCUUAACAUCCAUUUCAACAAAAUGAAGCGCUAAUCUGAUACAAGGAAGCAGCUUAUAACAACAACAACAACAACAACAACAACAAAAAACAAAACCAAAAAAAAAACCAAAAUAUUUGUUUAUCUAUUUGAAUUAACUGAAUGUGGAAAGACAAGAAUUCACAUCUUAAGUUAAAGAACAUAUUAAAACUUUCCUUGAGUUAGAAGAGUGAGACACAAAGUUAACAAAAAAUAAUCGAUCAUUACGAGGUAACUGGGGAGAUGAUUGCUAGAUCCUCUAAAAAGUUGUGACCGAGUUAGCGACUUAGUUAACAAAACAACAUUAGGUAACAAGUAAGAAUGGGAACUUACUAGUUAGUUUCAAGUAAUUUCGCAGCAAUAUUUAAGGUGGCCCGCCUCCCAUUUAUAUGCGUGUUGGUUUUGUUUUUGAUUUGCGUUUUUCAGAAUGAAAGAUUCAACCGAUCACUAAGAUUUUUGGCAUCCUUCAUAAAUAAUAAUGGCACUUUAAGAAAAUUUUAUUUAUUUUCUUGUAGGUAUAAAAAUCUUUGAGAUAUCGCCAUAUAUUUAAAACCGCAUUUUAACGAAAAAAUGUAAAUCACUUCGAAAUCCCACGACAGAUUUUUCCCUAACUUCAGCAAAUAAGCCUCAGAGCUCUCCAGUUUUACAUCUGCAAAUUUGAAGGCAAUCGUGACCGUAGAACUCGCUGCACAAAAUGCUGGUCAAAUUUAACCUUAAAAUGCUACGCUAACACAUCUGUGAAAGUUGACACACAAAUAGAAUAAAGCUUUAGGUAGGAAUAUCCUUUCAGAUAGGAGAUAGUCUGUCGGCAGUCUUCCUCUAUUUGUGCGUCAACUUUCACAGAUGUGUUAGCGUAGCAUUUUAAGGUUAAAUUUGACCAGCAUUUUGUGCAGCGAGUUCUACGGUCACGAUUGCCUUCAAACUUGCAGAUGUAAAACUAGAGAGCUCUGAGACUUAUUUGCUGAAGUUAGGGAAGUUAAUUAAAUUUUUUGGAAAAAUGCGGUUUUAAAUAUAUGGUGAUAUCUCAAAGAUUUUUAUACUUAAAAGAAAAUAAAUAACAUUUUCUUAAAGUUCCAUUAUUAUUUAUUAAGGAUGCCAAAAAUCUUAGAAAUCGGUUGAAUCUUUCAUUCCGAAAAACGCAAAUCAAAAACAUAACCAACACGCAUAUAAAUGGGAUCGGGCCACCUUAAAAAAAAGCUAUUUCGAUUGUUGUUAUUGCUUUUUCUUCAGGGCAAGUUUGCCGAGGCGCCAAUAGUCCUUGUGACGUCAGAGCACCUGAGGACUGGUAAAGAGUAUGAUGCUGCUCUCAUUUGGAUUGAAGACGUAACAAAGGACUCAGUUAAAGUCUGUCUUCGUGAAAUGCAAAACUUUGACGGUAGACACCAAGAUAUCACUGUGGUACGUUCUUAGUCAGAUUUUAAAAAACUGGAACGCGACUGUCCACAAAAUUUGUGAGGAAUGCUCGCCUGGUCUUGUUAAAAAUAACAGCGUUAAGAGGAAAAAGCAUUGCUAAGUAAAGAUCGUCCGGGCGAUCGCGAGUGAUGAUCAGUCAAACGAAAGGAAAUGCAGAAAGAAAGAGAUAAAAAGAAACGGAAAUAAUAAUAAUAAUAAUAAUAAUAAUAAUAAUAAUAAUAAUAAUAAUAAUAAUAAUAAUAAUAAGAAGAAGAAGAAGAAGAAGAAGAAGAAGAAGAAAUGAAUUGAAUAGCAUUACGGGUGGUGAAUUUUAAAUGGCACACAAAUUUGUCUUCCUUGUUCCCAUGUCUCCCUUCACGCUCUUACGUGAUUCGCCUGAUGUCUUAAAAAAUGUGGAUUUGCAUCCUUUUCUUGACUCUUUGCGCUCUUUGUUAGGUCACAACUUCAUAGAGUUCAAAAUGCUUAGAUUCAAAGGGACCUAAAAAUGCUGAGUUUAUUUAAAUUUUUUGUUGGUGUAAUACGAUUCUGUCACAAGAUGGGUGGCAUCACUCAUGUUUUUACCUCUUUUCACAGAACUGGUUUGCCUUCUCCAAACUGCACAAGCCUCUUUUCACUGAGCAUGGUGUCGUAAGUUUUCCAAAUACGAACCCACCUUUGGAUAAAAUGAACAAUGCUUAUUGCCAGGUGAGAAAAGAAUUCUUUGCAAAAGCACUGAGUAGCAUGCUGUUCACAGCAUUUCCCUCACAAAUAUAUCGCUUACGUACAUCACUGUUUUUAUUUUCAAAACACUUUUGGACAUAUACACUUUACGCAAUAGAGAUCAAAGUGACUAGAAAAGUAAAGAAGCUGGUCCACUAAACAAUACUUUAAGGCAAGAGUUCAAGAACUACAGACCGAUAACGUCCCUCUUAACCAUCGACAAAGUGUUUGAGCAACUGCUCUGUAAACUGGUGACUGUGAAACUCGACCACAUCUUUUCUAUCCUAAGCACUGCUUACAGAAAGGGACACAGCUUUGAGACCACUCUACUACGUCUGAAUGAGGACUGGAAGCUAGCAAUAGAGAGAAAAGAGCUAGUACGUAUUCUAUCGACUGAUAUGAGUAAAGCGUUUGACUCUCUCAGCCACUUGCCGACACUAACAAAGCUUGAAGCAUACGGUUUUGAGUCCUCAGCGUUAGACCUCACGCGAUCAUUCUUUAACAACCGCCAAAAUGUUCAACCCCCUGUUCUGGAACGUAUUUCAGAAUGACCUGCCCUGCUCCAUAACUACCGCUAAACUUUCGAUAUAUGUAGACGAGCACCUGUUGUACACCUCACGGACUAAUUUUACAGCUGAAAGGGGAGCCUUAGAGCAGGAAGAUCAACUUGCGGCGUCUUAGUAUCGUGAUAAUUUUCUACUUGCAAAUCCUGACAAAUUCCAGGCGAUGGAAUAAUAAUUCAAGUGCGCUGUUGUUGAGUUUGUAAGAGGAUAAGAUCGGCUUUGUUUUCCUUGUUCUGUGCUGCGCCUUACACACUUAGCUUCGUUAAAAAGGAGACCGGAUGAUUGAGACCAAGUUGCAAGCUUACCAAGGUCUUUCUGGAGAGGAGAGGCAUCCCCCAAAGUCUUUAUCUCUCUGAAUAUUUUUGGGUCGUCAGCGAACAUCAAUACUCGACUGCUAGAACUGAUGACUUCGUGAGGGUCGUUGACGUAUAAGAGGAAGAGGGCUGGUCCAGAGGUAACAGGAAUUUCCUCUGAAGUGGCGCCGAGUACCGUAACGCGUUGGCGUCGACCUGACAGUUAAGAGCAGAACCAGUUAAGCAGGUUGCCACCGAAACCGGCCUGGAUUAGCUUAUGGACGAAGCGCCUGUGACUGACUUUGACAUAUCAGGGUAGAUGGUGUCAACCUGGCUGCCACUAUCUAAAUCAAAUAAGUGAACCAAUGUGGCCAAAAGCCUCAAGCAGGUUGGUGACGCACGUUGUUCCGGUACAAAAACCAUGUUGUUUAGGUAAAAUUACAUGGUACAGGUACGUGGUCCUUGAUGCUAUUCAACACACAGCGCUCAAAGACCUUGGACACUAUUGGGAGUAGAGAGAUGAGGCGGUAAUUUUCCACGUGGUCUUUUGCACCCUUUCUGUGGACAGGUACGACGUUAGCUAGUUUCCAGUCACUCAAAAGAGACCGUAGUUGCAGUGAUUUGUUGAAGAUCUAACAUAAGGAAGGAGCAAUCACUGAGGCAGUCUCUUUGGGCAAUCUAGCAGGGAUCUCGUCCGGCCCCGUGGCUUUACGGACUUCUAGUGCUUUGAGUGCAGCUAGAACCGUGGACUCAGAGAGUUAGAUCGGAUAUAACAGUGUCCGAACGUAUGCACGCUGUCUUCUCUACUGCGCUGUAGAUAGUAAAUACGGAGGCAAAAAACCUGUUAAAGAGGUCAGCUAUUCCCGAAGGUUUAUCAACACUUACUGUUGAAGGGUUUUGUGACUGGUCAGCGGAAGAGUCUGGAACGUUUACCAUGGAGACAUUGCCGGGGAUGGGAUGAGAUUUAUUGUUAAGCUUGAAAUUUACCAUAAGCGCUUGGGAUUGAAUCUAAAGCCAUUGUCAAUGGAGUCGUAAAAGUGAUCACGGCUUUCACGAAGCAGUUUCUUGGCUUGCGCCCGCAGAGACUUAAACUUAUCCCUCAGGCCGGCGUUCGGAUGUGACUUAAGUUUUUGGCGAACUGAAUUCUUUUUUCUUGAUUAGUUUUAAAAUGUUACUAUUUAUCCAAGGAACCGGGUUACGGCCUUUCAGUCUCUUCGAUGGCACGAAGUCCUUGACAGCAGCUAGAAAUAAGUUCUUCCUGCACCGCCAGUCAUCAUCUAUAUUGUUAUGGCUCACAAUAGAGGCAAGAUUGAUUGCCGAGAGAUCUUCACGCAAAUCUUCAAAAUCGCCAUUUGCGUAGUCGUAGACAAAUUUGCGCGGGUGUGAGGACGCAUUAACAAAAGCAUUAUACUCAAGCAGGACUACACAAUGAUCCGUAAAAACACCGGCUUUAUCAGGCGACAACACCUAGGUCACUUUGGUGUGUUCUGGGGCACUUGUUAUCACUAGAUCAAGAAUAUUACUACCGCGAGUCGGUGAGUUGUUAAUUUGCGUCAAGAAGUGGUCAUGUAACGCCUCGAUAAAUGACAAUUCGUUAGCACCUGAAGCGCUAUCAACGGAGUCCAAGGAGAUGUUCGGCAAGUUAAUGUCACCACAGAUUACCAUAUUUUGAAACUGAUUGCAAACUUGAUCUAGAAAGAUGUUAAAUAAAUAUACCCAACUAGGGUCUGAAUCCGGAGGCCUGUAACAAAAAUAGAAUAUAAUCUUCUGAUCAGAUUUUAGAAAAUAACUCUGACUGUUGUGACCUUUGCAGAUCCUAAUUUUAUGAUUUUAAGAUUUUUAAAAAUUUAAUAUGUAUUAUUAUGAAUUACUAUGUAUUUUAGAUUAGUGUUCCCAAUUAGAAUUAUUAUAAUUAGUAUUAUCAUAGAUUAUUAUAGAUUAUCAUUAUUAUUAUUAUUAUUAUUAUUAUUAUUAUUAUUAUUAUUAUUAUUAUUAUCAUCAUUAGUAUGUAAUUUUAGAUAAGUGUCCUAGCUUUUAGUGAUUAGGAAACAGUGUUAAACGUUUUACGUUUCUCUUCCAUGGCAGUUCGUGUCAUUCACGAGAGCAUAUAACUCGACUCCGACAGUUCUUGUCUCAGCCAAUCACAGCACGAUGGUAUCUGGGAAUUCAGCACCGAUUCACAACGAAAUUACAACUUGGAUCGAGGUAAAAUUUUCCGUAAUUUGGGAGGAUUGUGGGGAUGUAUCAAGGCAAACAAAUUUCAAACCAACACUAGACGAAAGAUAUAACUGAACAGAGACACACGCUUGCUUGAGGCGAUGUAUAGGUCGAUAAUAGGUGUAGCGCAAAAAUGUACCGAGUGAAGUUGAGAUUGCUUAUUGGCUUCCUUUUGACGUUAAUUAUCGAAUGCGAUUAUGGUGUCGGUACAAAAUAAUAUCUUUAAAUUAUAAUAUCUUUAAAUUAUAAGCAGGGGCCGAGCGCGGUAGUCUCGAACUUCAGAUCUGAUUGUACGGGUUUAAACGUUACUUUAGAGCUGUUUCCUUGGACACGAAACUUUGCUCCAAUCAUUUGGCUGCUUUCUUCAUCAACAGGGAUAUUUAGCUCCGUCCUUCUGGGCCUCAUAGCUCAUUUGUGCCACUGCCUUGCCCCUUAUUAGGGUAAAAAGGAUAUUUUGGAUAAAAUUUCGAACGUGCAUUCACCGUAUAAGUCUUUAAUUUUUCAUACCUUUGUUAUUUCCAAAGCUUCUUUUGAUUUUCUAGCGCUCUUUAAUUACUUUCAUCAAACCACAGUGUUAAGUUACGGCGAAUCUUCGCAUCUUUAUAUAAUAUAGAGUAUUUACAUACUAGAAGUUCUCAUUGAGAAGGGAAGUGCUGCCGUUAGUUGCGAAGCAAAUAGGACAAAGACAGUUUGUAGAACAUAUGAAUUCUUUUUUAUUAAAGUCAAUAACUUAGACUUGCUGGCAUUAUGAAACACUCAGAGCGUAAUAUAAAAAAUGAACCGAUCACGAUGACAAAUAUGCUUACAUUCAUAUAACUCGCUAAGGUUUCAAUACCAUUUUGUAAUUCAUUUUAAUAAUUCACGAAAUUCUAAAACAACAGCAGUACUGAUAGGCUGUUUCUUCAUCGAACAAUCAUCGUACACAGGAUCGAUGAGAUGAGUUGCGAACAAAUGACGUAAAGGCCAAAACUUGUUUAUUCACAGGUCAGGUAGAUGUACAGCACAUGCCGUUCACUUAUAUAACUUACAAUCCUGAUUACCGAGAUAACAAUCUGUGUGACAAAAGAAUACUCGCUAUAACUAACCUUAAGGUAUCAGCCACCCUUAAAAUUGCCAUUUUUCCAUAUUUGAGGUUUCAACGUUUUCAAAUAGAUAUGCUUGAGAGCUUUCUUUCAAAAAAAAAAAAAAUCAGAAGAAAAUAUUAUUUCUGUCGAAAGAUAUCGGGGUAAAAGAUUUUUUCUCGUUAAUUAUCUUAAUUGAUCGUUGACAAGAUCUGUCAUACCCGUGUCAUAUAUCAAUUAACUUGCUUGUGAACUAGUAACGUGAUCCGAGUGUGUGCUUCGACACAACACGCGCGAAUUGUCUUCGCGUUGUUUAUAGCCUUUAGGGACCGUCCAUUUAACUCUUGAGGUGAGGCCGACCAUUUAACUCUUGCGCUGCUGUAAGAAAGAAAAAAAAAAUGUUGCAAAGCUAUUUCAGUUCCGGGGGUCUUUAAAAAAUCGCAGCAAAACUGCAACCAUUCUUUUCCCUUGCUCACUUUGAACUCUGGAUUUGAUGAUGCUGCAAAAUUAUUGCUUCAUAUUUGCAAUGCAUUAUUAGCGUAUCACAAGCAGUAUUAUAAAUGGAGGUAACUUUUUUUGAUUAAAGAAUCAAGUUUUAAUAGACAAAGGAAGUUUUUUUUUCAUUUUUAACAGAAACAUUUUUAUGUAAUAAUUUUCUAUUUAAAUAAAUAUAAUAUAUUUUUUUAAGUUUUAGUAAUGCACCUAUCGAUGUCUAGCCCCAAUUGGGGGAGUGCAGGUAUACCCAGGGGCUAUUGACAAUUGAUUUCAAAUAUUUUUGGUCGUUAAUUUCAAAUUCCACACGCUCUGCCAUUUCAAACCUUAAUUCUUAUUCAAAACAUCCCAUCCCUUGGACAAAGUUCACAGGUCAAAUGCCCCACCUAUUUCCGCACUCCCUCUGUUUGGGCAAGACAUUGAUAGGUGCAUAAAAAGUAGCUGUAUAUUCCAUGAAUAAAAAUUGCACUGCAAGAUAAAAAUUAACAGCAGCAAUGAACAUGGCUGAAUGCUGCAACUGUAUAGAAGUGGACUGAAAAAAGGCUGAGCAAAAAUUAUUAGAGCUAUUUUUCAAUUAGACCAUGAUCAACUAACUUCAAUUUUGCUUUCACAUUGGUUUUGGAUAUUUCAGUGUACUUUUAAAUUGCAACUAAUGAUUCUAGCAGCAAUUACCAUGCUAUGAGCAUUUCUGAACUGCUUUUUGCUAUUUUUGGCUAUUUUUUUAAUUAAGAAACUAAACACUUUCAGAUCUGCCUGUGGUGCAUCACUUUAUUUUGACGUAAUAAAAUGAGUGUAAAGAAUGACUUUCCGAAAAGAUAGCUAUACAAUAAUGAUUUUGUAUAGUUUACAACAUUUUAAGGCUUUGCAGCUCCAUAUUAGAACUAUUACUGCAAUGACCACAAUGUAAAUGUAAAUACAUUUUGUAUAUGUAAACACAUGACCCUUUUUUGAGUAAAAAAAAAAUCCUGCAGAGAAAUGAGGAGGAAAAAAAAUAUCCUGCAGAGCAUUUAGAAGGGAAAAAAAUAUCCUGUCCACCAGUUUGCUAGAAAAAAAAAAAAAUUCUUGCCGACCAGAAAUCACCCACUCCCCCAAGAGUUAAAUGGUCGGCCCCUUAGUAUUCUCCGUGGAUAUUUAGCGUUUGCUUUGGUGAAAAUGCCGCCAAAAAAAAAAGAAAAGGUCGUGUCCGUUUUCGUCAUCGAAACCGAGAGCGAAAAAGAAAUCGAAGAGCGAGUUUGACAAAGAAUGGGCCGCAAAAUUGGCAGAGAGCGACAAAGGCUCAUUUUAUCAGCAAGAGAAGUGGCUCGAGGAGUUGGAUAUUUAGAAAAGCGAAAAUGCUGCAGUUGCUGAGAGUGCAAGCCGCUCCAAAAUCCAGUUCAAAGAGCCAGAUGAAGAAAACUAGCCAAUUAAGCUCAUCGACCCCAUCUGCUGAUGGAACGUGGAAAACAAUAAGCGGUCGAGCUAUCGUAUCAAGCGAAAAGCUGCUUGAGAAACUGGACGAGUCUGUAUCUUGUCGAUUUUGCCAGGGAAGAGUCCAAGUCAUGGAAAAUGUAGCGACUAAGCAUGGACUUGGUUCUACCUGGAGAAUCCAGUGCGAGAAUGAAAGCUGUCCGUCGCACAACACAAAUUCUGUUUUUAAUUCUUCCGAGAAGAGCAGAGCGUUUGAAAUAAACCGGGCCUCAGUUCUUGGCCUUGAAGCAAUCGGUGGUGGACAUACGGCGGCUUCAAAGUUUUUUAGUUUCCUUGACCUGGCGCCGAUCAACAAAAACGCCUGGGCGGAUCAUACAAAAAAGAUCGAAGGAAACUUUUGCUCGAGAAAGAAUUAAACCGUGCUUCUCGUGGUGUAAAAGAGUGGAAGUUUUCCAACGGAGAAUUUAACUGUUCACUUGAAGAUGUUGAAGAAAGUGCUGUGGACAUUGGGGUGACGAUCGAUACCUCGUGGAGUGCGCGAGGAUGGUCAGCUUCGGAUGCUGUGAUAGCCGCAAUUUCUGUUGACACGGGAAAAUUUUGUCUUUUGUCCACACGCGUUGUAAUUGAACUGACUGGAAGCAAAAUAAUCAUUUCCCGCUGCUUGCCGCGAAAGUUUGUUCCUGUUACAUGUUACCUGUCAAAGUCCUAUUGUUAGAGAAAAUUGAUAUCAAUCAGAACAAACAUUUAGGUAUUAUAAUCUCAUUCCAGGUAGGAUGCCGCCAAAAAUGUAUUUUCUAUUUUAUCUCCGAACACAAAUUUUGCCGAUCGACUCGUACGUUUUGAACUCCAAGUCGGCAGCCUUUCAAUCAAUUUGGCUAAAAUUUGGCCAGAGUGAUGCCAUAUAUCUCUUCUACAAAACCGUGUCUUCGAAUUUUAAUACUCCUUUUCAUUUUAAAGCUAGAGCUUUUUUUCCACAGGGAGUGUUGACUAAUUACCUUCCCCAGCUUCAUUUGCUAAUAAAAGAAAAACAAACGCACUUGUCAAAAAUCUGAGACACGGUUUUUUAGUGGAACGUGUUGAGAAGCGAAUGCGGUGUUAAUUGUUUUCUUCCGUUUAUUUCCGGCGGGAGUGGAACAUGAUUUAUAGAGACGUGUACUUUUACACAAAGCGUUCUAGUUUCGAAACACAUUUAAGUAAAUCGUUUUUGUUACUUCAAAUCCAUAAUCUGGAAUUAUUAAGCUUUUAUAAAAUAUAUGGUUUAUAGGGGUUUUUAUAAAAACAACUAACGCUACAGCGAUCCGCGCGCGGACGGUCCUGAAGGGUGGCUGAUACCUUAGAACCUGAAUAAAAAAAAAAAGAAAAAGAAAAAAAUGUUUCGUACAAUACGUCUUGAACUGUUCUUACCGUUUAGGCCGUUUAAAAAGACGGCAAGCAUCCGAUAAACCACGAUUUCUGCACAGAUCUUACAUGAAAGCAAAACAAAAUGGCGGGUUGCUCCUAAGAGAAAAACAGGCGCGGCAGCGAAGUAAACCACUGACUGCACCGCGCUGCAGUCACAGGUGACCAUGGAACCAUGGAACCAUGGGACCAUGGAACCAUGGAACUAUCGAACCAAAAAUCUCAAAUGGAUCAAGAAUAUGGUCUGGUGCCGGCUGAUGCCCUGCAGCAAUUAAGAAGACGUAGGAGAACUUUUAAAAAAUAUUCUGGUAUUCUCUUCCUGUUAAUUCAGUCGUUUAUGACUACAAUUUUAGCUGUACUAAACUACGUUGAGUGCUUAUUAUUAUUAUUUUUUUUUUCAGAACAUGAAUACCUCUGGAUUCAGAGCCUGUGUCAAGGAAUUAUACGCGAAUAGAUAUGACCCCUUGUCCGUCGGUUAUGCCGUUCUCACAGGUCUGUAAUAUUACUGAGUUAAUUUAUGAAGUAGUUUUUAGCAAAUGAAAAAUGAAACGUUAUUUGUUACCGGAUUCAUCUGGAAAUACUUUGGAAAUGCCUAAACUAAAAACACAAUGCAAGUUGAUGGUUUUGCAAGUCAUGGCGGAGUCAAGAGAGUGUACCUGUUGACACAAAAAUAUUAUUGAAGUUCUUCCAAGUUGUAAUGUUCCUACCCCUCGAUGAAUUUCACCGUUUAAUUAAAAGUUUUCUUAAAGAAUAAAUAACGAGGAUAAAAGAACUUGCUAGAAAUUAAAAGCACCAUGCUUAAAACAAUCGUUUGAAUUUUGUUUUUCUUUAAAAUAGUACAAUCUGUACAUAAAAGUUCGAUAUAUUUUAUCUCUAUGCGAGUGGUAUAUCCCUGUCGCUAGUCUUUUGUCCAAUAAUAUCUUACUAGUACCUUGAAACCAUUAAGCUUUAGAAAACAUUUUCUCAUCACGGUCCUAACAGUACUGCGAGUGAGAUGCUGCUAAGGAUUUAUAAAUCCGGCAGUUUAUUUGAAUGUACAUAUUUUUGACACUUACGUUUAUCUGUAUUUCGCAGACAUCUGUGAACCUGGCUGGAACUAUUUCAACGGCUUUUGCUAUUUCACAAGUAAGACUUGUCAAAAUUGGACCAUAGCACUGGAUAAAUGCCGACAAGAAAACUCGGUUCUUGUUGAUGUCCAAAAUAACGAAGAAAAUGUGUUUUUACAGCAUCUACACAAUGGAGCAAAAUCCUGGCUGGGAUUGAAUGAUAUUUUUACUGAGGGCUCCUUUACUUGGGCAGAUCGUGGUAUUGGGAACUUUACAGCUUGGGCUAAAAACCAACCGAACAAUUUUCGGGAUGAAGACUGUGUGCAUACGCUUGGUGUUGAAUAUAAAUAUGAAUGGAAUGACGUGAAAUGCAGUGACUGUCAUCAGUUUACUUGUAAGAAAGGUAAGAUGUGAUGUAUAAGUUUAGGAAUGCAUAAGAUAGAAGAAAGUCUACUUAACAAAAAGCAUUUUAGUGUGUUAAUCGUGAUAAAUAUAUAGUUUUUUUUUUUUCAUCUUCAACAGAUCUCAAUGAAUGCAGUAGGGACAAGUAUUACUGCCAUCAGGUCGCCAGCUGCACAAAUUAUCGUGGUUCAUUUAAUUGCUCUUGUGAUCAAGGCUACUUUGGAGGCGGCUUUGAGUGCGAGCUUAUCAAUUACGCAAGUAUGAUCAGAUAUAAAAUUGCAGCACUACGUGUUAAUGGUUAACAGCAAGUUGAUUUGUAGUAAUCCUGCUAGUGUUAGUGCUAGUAUCACGCUCUUUUAUUGCGGAGCCGUUCUAAUGUUUUCAAUGGCCAUCAUUCAGUAGCUUCUACUGCUUACAUGCAAUGUCUAUAUUUUGGAGUGUCUUUUUAUGAUUUCCCAUACUCCCAUUCUAAACGACACGCUUUGUGGGCGAAAGAGAGAACGGGCGCGCGAUUAAGGGAGACACGCUCGCACGCCCGUUUUUUCUUGUGCCCACUACUUCCAAGCGCCUGCAAUGCAGGCUACAAAUUCAGCCUUAUCAUUACCCCUAGUUUUAGACUCUUGUUGUGAGGUAGGUCAUUCGAAAUUGACAAUUUUGCCUCGCAAGGUAAGAAUCCGAUUCGCAUUGAAAAAGAGUUUUUUAAAUUUCCGGGUCCGUUCGAGGCCACCAACUCAGGGUCUUUAAAUCACUGACUGAGAGGAUAAAUGGUUUCCUUUGAAAAGACGUCUGCAAAUGGUUAAACUUUUUAGUCUUCUCAGACAAGGACGAUAAACCGUAGGCCCCGUCUCCUAACCGUUUAAAACAACUCAUGCUCUGUUCGUAAAGAGUAGGGGACGCAUGUCUAUCUCCCAUGGUGGGCGGGACUGUUAUGUGUCCUCGGUAAUAAUCGCCGCGCGCUGUUGCGGUGACCCUGCCAAGAAUUGGUGAACCUAAGUAAAUAAAUUGGUGAUAACUUUGUCUCUAACUUUUGUAGGGGGUUUGAAACAGUCUACUAUCGUGGGGAAUGAUGCUAACUACUUGCAAUAUUUAAGCACCUGGCUCAAACCAGUUGCUCAGAGCAAAUCUUCACGAUGGAAGCGUUGAUGGCGGGCGUCCGUGGACGGCUGGGCUUCUAGUACUUUUCAUAGCCGUUGUGACAACAAAGGACCAACUGUAACAAUCAUAAGAGUCGGCGGCAAAUACAUAUUUGGAGGCUACACCAGCCUCUCAUGGGGUAAGUGGUUUGGUUUUUCUAAAACUGGACAUUAUUAGCAUGCAAAAUUGUCUCAGGAAGUAUUUGAAGUAGAAAAUGUUAUUACCACAAAGAGGACUAAAAAGGGCAUUCACACAACUUUAUCGCCCUUAUUCCAUUUCGGCCAAUUCGCCAAAUGGAGGUGAAUUAUUCUGGGUUUAAAUUCGAAACGUCUCUACCAAAAAUUAAAAAAAGAAAAUCGUUGUCUUGUGUUCACGUACCCAUAAAACUAAAAUUGAGACGUUUUAAGUCGUAUUCGUGCUGCGAAUUCGCUGACAAUAUUAAAUUCUGUGCGGACGUAUUUUCUUUUCAGAGUUGUUCAGCAAAGUAUUCCGCUCAAGUGCCGUUGUAGUUUAAAAAAUCAGUUAAAAUGACUCGUAGAACGCGACUGUGAAUUGAUCUUAUUAAGCUCCUAAGGCUCCCUUUCCGGCUCUUAAAACUAAAAUGAAAACUGUAUGUAAAAAGUGCAAGUUAGAUGGGGGAAAAUUACCACUUAGUAAUCAAGUCUUUUUCUGUUGUAGUUUACACAAAAAAAUAAGCUGAGAGAGCAUUUUGAUCAAAGCUACGUAUACUGAUAUCAACCUGAAUAAUUGCAUGGAAUCUUACGUUUCCUGUUUUCACCUCACCUAUUGUAAGACGCACAGUCACUUCAUUUUAUUUUAGCGCACAGACAGUCCAGUCGAUGCCCAGGCACUACCAAGAUUUUAAAUGUUCUUUUUUCGACUAUUUUAUGCCUUAAAUGCUGUAGUCAGUUACUUAAAGGAGAUUGAUGUAAAUUCAUGUUAUAUCUUUUCAAUACAUUUUGUAUCUUUUUCUUUUAGAAUCUUAUCGUAUCUUUUUCGAGUUUUUAUUGUAGUUGUAUAUUGUAAGUAAUUUUAUCCUUUUUCAUUUUGGUUCUAUAUCGUAAUCAUUUUUAAAGGGCCCUUUAAGAAUUGAGCUGUAACUCUUUAUGAUGAUGAUGAUGAUGAUGAUGAUGAUGAUGAUGAUGAUGAUGAUGAUGAUAAUGAUAAUGGCUUAUUAGUGAAAAGCUUCAGUAUGAAUCGGUGUAUUCAAAAAAGAAACACAGACUGAGAUACAAUUAACCAACAGUGGAACCUCGGCAUAACGAAGGAUCAAGAGACCAACAGAUUUGUUUGCUAUAUAACGAGGUUUCGUUUUAUCGAGAUUCUUUUCCAUAUAUUUUACUAUAACUUGGGUAAAGAAAGUGGUUAGUUACAUCAAGGAAUUCGUCAUACAGAGGUUCGUUAUAUCGAGGCUCCACUCGGCUGUAGUGAACAACAACUGAAAAAUUCAAGCCUUUGUAUCGGGGUGCCGACAAUUGAAUUUUAUUCUGCAAUUUAUCUCUCUUUUCAAUAUUUUUUGCGUUUAGCUUUUCAAAUAAGUACCACUUUAUUCCUUCAAAAGUGAAUACUCAAGUAAGAAUAAACUUAGUAUUAAAAACACACUUUUCACGAGACUGAUAUCUUUGCUACAUAAAAGGGAGUUAACUAUUACUAGUAGUAUCCAGUAUAUUUUCUUGUCUCAUUAUAAAUUUGAAUUUUUUACGAAGUCUGUGCAUCGGAUCAUCCUUUUCAUUUCUUAUUUUCCCAACAGCUUGCUACGGGUGGCGAUAUGAUUCCCAGGCAUUUCUUUUCUCGCUGGUUAACAAGCCAGGUUGGGCGCCUGUGAAACUGCCUCAGACAGGGCAGUAUAGUUAUAGCAGAGAUUCCAUAUACGACGGCUCGUCUUAUGGACCUACUUUCGGAGGAGGCCUUGACAUUUACAUUGUCAACUACGCGUCAUCCAGUAGCAGUUCCUAUACCAACCUUGGCUAUACUUACAGCCCACCAAGUGGGUACAGCUAUGGAAGCACCUUCACUCAGACAUUUCUGGCAGGCACUUAUUCGUUUACUCCAGACGAAGUAGAAACAUUUUACGAAACAACCUAA